AUGGAGGUGGACCCUGCUAAUCAAAAAGCUUGCAGAUGUAAAGGAACUCAAAAAUAUAGCUACACGCUAUCUUCUUGCUAUUGUCCAACUGGAUACUACGAUGGCUCAACUUGCCAGAGUUGCACAACUCUUUGCUCGACAUGCGACUCGACUAAGUGUUUAACUUGUCAAGGUAUUGCCAACCUUAUAGUAGACCCUCAAAACCCAACCAAUUGUGUCUGUGCGAGCGGUUACAAUUGGAUUACAGCAACGGGCAAGUGUGAUCAAUGCUCUGUUGGAACUUACUACGAUGGCAACAAAUGUGCUAGCUGCUCAGAUAAUUGUGCAAGUUGUUAUAACGGCAGUGGAUUUUGUGGUGUUUGCAAAGACUCAAGAAUGAUGAUAAGCACAAGCGAGCCAGCAAAAUGCAUUUGCAAAGGAACCCAAAAACUAACUGGAUCAACAUGUUCUUGCGAUGCAGGGUACUACUUUGACGGAUCUACUUGUGUCCAAUGCUCAAGCUUAUGCUCCUCUUGCUCCGAUUACACUGGCGAAUGCAAAACUUGCAAAGAUUCGAAAAUGACUAUUGAUGCAGCCAAUAAGAAGAACUGUAUAUGUAUCGGAGAUCAGAUACUUAACAAUAAUAUGUGUACAUGCCCUGGAAGUAAACAAUUCAACGGCGCUGGAUGUUCUGAUUGCAGCACUUUCUGUUCAAAUUGCAAUGUUGGCUCUAAUACCUGCAACAUUUGUUUAGAUGGAACCAGGAUGUCUCCUGUAAGCAACACUCUAACUUGUGCCUGCAAAGGGAAUCAAAUAGUAACUAAUGCCGGUUGCAGUUGUCCUUCAGGCUCUUACUUUGAUAGCUCAACCUGUUCAACUUGCGGUGAUUUCUGCACUACAUGCACAGAUAUAUCUGGUGUCUGCACUGCUUGUAAGGAUAGUAAAAUGGAAGUUAACCCUACUAAUCAGAAAGUUUGUAGAUGCAAAGGAACUCAACAAUAUAGCUACACGUUAUCCUCUUGCUACUGCCCUACUGGAUAUUACGACGGUUCAACUUGUCAGAGUUGCACAACUCUUUGCUCGACCUGCGACUCGACCAAGUGUUUAACUUGCCAAGGUAUUGCCAACCUUAUAGUAGACCCUCAAAACCCAACUAACUGUGUUUGCGCCAGCGGAUACAAUUGGAUUACAGAAUCGGGCAAGUGUGAUCAAUGUUCUGUUGGAACUUAUUAUGAUGGUAAUAAAUGUGCUGCCUGCUCAGAUAAUUGUGCAAGUUGUUAUGAUAGAACUGGUUAUUGCAAAGCAUGCAACUCAAGAUUUACUCCAAGUACCAUCAACCCAGCUAAAUGCAUUUGCAAAGGAACUCAAAAGUUAAUCGGAUCUACAUGCUCUUGUGAUGCAGGGUACUACUUUGAUGGAGAUACAUGUGUUCAAUGCUCAGAUUUAUGCAGCACUUGUGAAGAUUUAACUGGAGUAUGUAAAACAUGUAAAGACUCGAAAUUAAUGACAUUCGACUCAAACAAUAAUAAAAAAUGCAAAUGUAUUGGAGAUCAGAUUCUUAGCGGUGAUACUUGCAGCUGCCCUAGCAACAAACAAUUCAAUGGUCUUGGGUGCUCUAGUUGUGGUGAAUUUUGUAGUGCUUGCGAUGUUAAUAAUAUAGUCUGCAACACUUGUUUAGAUGGAAGCAAAAUGUCUCCUGUAAGCAACACUCUAACUUGUGCCUGCAAAGGGAAUCAACUUAAAACAAAUACUGGCUGCACAUGUCCGUCAGGCUCUUACUUUGACAGCACAACUUGCUCGACUUGCGGUGAUUUCUGCACUACAUGCACAGACACAACUGGUAUCUGCACUGUUUGUAAAGAUAGUAAAAUGGAGGUGGACCCUGCUAAUCAAAAAGCUUGCAGAUGUAAAGGAACUCAAAAAUAUAGCACAGUGUUGUCUUCUUGCUAUUGUCCAACUGGAUACUUCGAUGGCUCAACUUGCCAGAGCUGCACAACUCUCUGCUCGACCUGCGACUCGACUAAGUGUUUAACUUGCCAAGGUAUUGCCAACCUUAUAGUAGACCCUCAAAACCCAACUAACUGUGUCUGUGCGAGCGGCUACAAUUGGAUUACAGCAACGGGCAAAUGUGAUCAAUGCUCUGUUGGAACUUACUACGACGGCUCCAAAUGUGCUAGCUGUUCAGAUAAUUGUGCAAGUUGUUAUAACGGUAGUGGAUUUUGUGGUGUUUGCAAAGACUCAAGAAUGAUGAUAAGCACUAGCGAACCAGCAAAAUGCAUUUGCAAAGGAACCCAAAAACUAACUGGAUCAACAUGUUCUUGCGAUGCAGGGUACUACUUUGACGGAUCUACUUGUGUCCAAUGCUCAAGCUUAUGCUCCUCUUGCUCUGAUUACACUGGUGAAUGCAAAACUUGCAAAGAUUCGAAAAUGACUAUUGAUGCAGCCAAUAAGAAGAACUGUAUAUGUAUCGGAGAUCAGAUACUUAACAAUAAUAUGUGUACAUGUCCUGGAAGCAAACAAUUUAACGGAUCUGGAUGUUCUGAUUGCAGCACUUUCUGUUCAAAUUGCAAUGUUGGCUCUACUACCUGCAACAUUUGUUUAGAUGGAACCAGGAUGUCGCCUGUAAGCAACACUCUAACUUGUGCCUGCAAAGGGAAUCAAAUAGUAACAAAUGCCGGUUGCAGUUGUCCUUCAGGCUCUUACUUUGAUAGCUCAACCUGUUCAACUUGCGGUGAUUUCUGCACUACAUGCACAGAUAUAUCUGGUGUCUGCACUGCCUGUAAAAGUGAUAAAAUGGAAGUUAACCCUACUAAUCAGAAAGUUUGUAGAUGCAAAGGAACUCAACAAUAUAGCUACACGUUAUCCUCUUGCUACUGCCCUACUGGAUAUUACGACGGUUCAACUUGUCAGAGUUGUACAACUCUUUGCUCAACUUGUGAUUCGACCAAGUGUUUAACUUGCCAAGGUAUUGCCAACCUUAUAGUAGACCCUCAAAACCCAACUAACUGUGUUUGCGCCAGCGGAUACAAUUGGAUUACAGAAUCGGGCAAGUGUGAUCAAUGCUCUGUUGGAACUUAUUAUGAUGGUAAUAAAUGUGCUGCCUGCUCAGAUAAUUGUGCAAGUUGUUAUGAUAGAACUGGGCUCUGUAAAGCAUGCAAGUCAAGAUUUACUCCAAGUCUUGUCGACCCAACUAAAUGCAUUUGCAAAGGAACUCAAAAGUUAAUCGGAUCUACAUGCUCUUGUGAUGCAGGGUACUACUUUGAUGGAGAUACAUGUGUUCAAUGCUCAGAUUUAUGCAGCACUUGUGAAGAUUUAACUGGAGUAUGUAAAACAUGUAAAGACUCGAAAUUAAUGACAUUCGACUCAAACAAUAAUAAAAAAUGCAAAUGUAUUGGAGAUCAGAUUCUUAGCGGUGAUACUUGCAGCUGCCCUAGCAACAAACAAUUCAAUGGACUUGGGUGCUCUAGUUGUGGUGAAUUUUGUAGUGCUUGCGAUGUUAAUAAUAUAGUCUGCAACACUUGUUUAGAUGGAAGCAAAAUGUCUCCUGUAAGCAUUACUCUAACUUGUGCCUGCAAAGGGAAUCAACUUAAAACAAAUACUGGCUGCACAUGUCCGUCAGGCUCUUACUUUGACAGCACAACUUGCUCGACUUGCGGUGAUUUCUGCACUACAUGCACAGAUACAACUGGUAUCUGCACUGUUUGUAAAGAUAGUAAAAUGGAGGUGGACCCUGCUAAUCAAAAAGCUUGCAGAUGUAAAGGAACUCAAAAAUAUAGCACAGUGUUGUCUUCUUGCUAUUGUCCAACUGGGUACUUCGAUGGCUCAACAUGCCAGAGCUGCACAACUCUCUGCUCGACCUGUGACUCGACUAAGUGUUUAACUUGCCAAGGUAUUGCCAACCUUAUAUUAGACCCUCAAAACCCAAGUAACUGUGUCUGUGCCACCGGCUACAAUUGGAUUACAGCAACGGGCAAAUGUGAUCAAUGCUCUGUUGGAACUUACUACGACGGCUCCAAAUGUGCUAGCUGUUCAGAUAAUUGUGCAAGUUGUUAUAACGGUAGUGGAUUUUGUGCUAUCUGCAAGGACUCAAGAAUGAUGAUAAGCACUAGCGAACCAGCAAAAUGCAUUUGCAAAGGAACCCAAAAACUAACUGGAUCAACAUGUUCUUGCGAUGCAGGGUACUACUUUGACGGAUCUACUUGUGUCCAAUGCUCAAGCUUAUGCUCCUCUUGCUCUGAUUAUACUGGCGAAUGCAAAACUUGCAAAGAUUCGAAAAUGACUAUUGACCCAACCAAUAAGAAGAACUGUAUAUGUAUCGGAGAUCAGAUACUUAACAAUAAUAUGUGUACAUGCCCUGGAAGCAAACAAUUCAACGGCGCUGGAUGUUCUGAUUGCAGCACUUUCUGUUCAAAUUGCAAUGUUGGCUCUAAUACCUGCAACAUUUGUUUAGAUGGAAAUAAGAUGUCUCCUGUAAGCAACACUCUAACUUGUGCCUGCAAAGGGAAUCAAAUAGUAACAAAUGCCGGUUGCAGUUGUCCUUCAGGCUCUUACUUUGAUAGCUCAACUUGCUCGACUUGCGGUGAUUUAUGCACUACAUGCACAGAUACAACUGGUGUCUGCACUGCCUGUAAAAGUGAUAAAAUGGAAGUGGAUCCUACUAAUCAGAAAGUUUGUAGAUGCAAAGGAACUCAACAGUACAAUACCGUAACAUCCUCUUGCUACUGCCCUACUGGAUAUUACGAUGACUCAACUUGUCAGAGUUGCACCACACUUUGCUCAACUUGUGACUCGACUAAGUGUUUAACUUGCCAAGGUAUUGCAAACCUUAUAGUAGACCCUCAAAAUCCAACUAACUGUGUCUGUGCUAGCGGCUACAAUUGGAUUACAGCUAGCAGUUCCUGCGAACAAUGCUCUGUUGGAACUUACUACGAUGGCAAAAAAUGUGACAACUGCGCUGCUAAUUGUGCAAGCUGUUAUAACGGGUCUGGAAUUUGUAAAAUCUGUAAAGACCCUAAUAGAAUGGAUCUUAGUGGAACGACAUGCACUUGCAAAGGAACCCAAAAACUAACUGGAUCAACAUGUUCUUGCGAUGCAGGGUACUACUUUGACGGAUCUACUUGUGUCCAAUGCUCAAGCUUAUGCUCCUCUUGCUCAGAUUACACUGGUGAAUGCAAAACUUGCAAAGAUUCGAAAAUGACUAUUGACUCAGCCAAUAAGAAGAACUGUAUAUGUAUCGGAGAUCAGGUACUUAACAAUAAUAUGUGUACAUGCCCUGGAAGCAAACAAUUCAACGGCGCUGGAUGUUCUGAUUGCAGCACUUUCUGUUCAAAUUGCAAUGUUGGCUCUAAUACCUGCAACAUUUGUUUAGAUGGAAACAGGAUGUCUCCUGUAAGCAACACUCUAACUUGUGCCUGCAAAGGGAAUCAAAUAGCAACUAAUGCCGGCUGCAGUUGUCCGGCAGGCUCUUACUUUGAUAGCUCAACCUGCUCGACUUGCGGCGAUUUAUGCACUACAUGCACAGAUACAACUGGUAUCUGCACUGUUUGUAAGGAUAGUAAAAUGGAAGUUAACCCUACUAAUCAGAAAGUUUGUAGAUGCAAAGGAACUCAACAGUACAAUACCGUAACAUCCUCUUGCUACUGCCCUACUGGAUACUACGACGGUUCAACUUGUCAGAGUUGCACAACUCUUUGCUCGACCUGCGACUCGACUAAAUGUUUAACUUGUCAAGGUAUUGCCAACCUUAUAGUAGACCCUCAAAAUCCAACUAACUGUGUCUGUGCCAGCGGAUACAAUUGGAUUACAGAAUCGGGCAAGUGUGAACAAUGCUCUGUUGGAACUUAUUAUGAUGGUAACAAAUGUGCUGUCUGCUCAGAUAAUUGUGCAAGCUGCUACGAUAGAACUGGCUAUUGCAAAGCAUGCAACUCAAGAUUUACUCCAAGUACCAUCAACCCAGCUAAAUGCAUUUGCAAAGGAACCCAAAAGUUAAUCGGAUCAACUUGCUCUUGUGAUGCAGGGUACUACUUUGAUGGAGAUACAUGUGUUCAAUGCUCAGAUUUAUGCAGCACUUGUGAAGAUUUAACUGGAGUAUGUAAAACUUGUAAAGACUCGAAAUUGAUGACAUUUGACUCAAACGAUAAUAAAAAAUGCAAAUGUAUUGGAAACCAGAGUUCGUAG